UUCGUAUAAUAUUUAUGUUAUUUUUCUCAUCCCUUUAAAAGAAGAAGAAGAAGAAAGAGAAAAAAAAAGAAGAGGAAAGGGAAGAAGGAGAAGAAGAGGAAGAGGAAGUGGAAGGAGAAGAGAGAAAAAGGAAGAGGAAGGAGAAGAAGAAGAAAGAGAAAAAAGAAGAGGAAGAGGUAGAAGAAGAAGAGGAAGAGGAAUAGGAAGAAAAAGAAGAAGAGGAAAGAAGGAAGAAGGAAACAGGUACCGGCAUCUCCCAGAUACUCCUGUCGAGUGAUUUCAUGACCACCUCUGCCAGGCCUAUCCAUCCACUGACUUCCUGGUCCGACAGCCAGGAGUCAUGAACUACACCAGUAAGACUGUAUAGCGCAGGAUCCUGGGUAUGCAAAUGUUCUCCGUGGAAAUGCCUCGCUUACGGUGCAGUUUUAUUUACCUGUGGAUAUGAUGCAAGAGGCUCUUCCUAAAUUCCUCCGAGACUUUCACGCACUCGCGGUGUAGAGAAAGUCCCAGCAAGCAAGUGAUAGGAAACGCAAGCCAGUAUUCGCCUACCUUAAUAAUAAGACAUAUGUUCACUCAGCUGCUGGAAGCGCAGCAAUGACGAGUUUCCUCCACAACAGGAUGGUGCUUUUGGACGAGGAAAUGUACGGCUCAGGAGUCCGUAUCAAGGAGGAGCUCGAAGGAGACGUCGCAGAAGACUCGUGCGUGGAAAUUAAGGAGGAGCCACUCGAUUUUGGAGACGAGGCGAGGAGUGAAGCGAGGAGGGAAGGGAGCCUUGCGAAGGUGAUACAUGAGGCGAGAAGUGAUGCGAGCCUUGCGAAGGUGAUACAUGAGGCGAGAAGUGAAGCGAGCCUUGCGAAGGUGAUACAUGAGGCAAGAAGUGAAGCGAGCCUUGCGAAGGUGAUACACGAAGCGAGAAAUGAAGCGAGCCAUGUGAGGGCAAUACACGAAGCGAAAGACUCGUGUGACUCGGUUCCUUGCGGUCGUGAUGUGACGAGACCGCCGCUUGAGGCCGAGGACCGCGAAAAUGAGUUUUCUGACAAGGACGGAAACCCGCGCGGGGGUAGACUCAAGGGAGACGCGCGGCGGAAAGCAGAAUCCACGUCGAGUCGCUUCGUAUGCGAGGCGUGUGGCAAGAGUUUCUCCCAGAGGUACCACUUGAACGUUCACAUCAGGAUCCACACAAAAGAGAAGCCUUACAAGUGCGAUAUUUGCAGCAAGGGAUUUCCGUCCAAGAGCGACCUGGUGAAGCACAUCAGGGUCCAUACGAGGGAGAGGCCCUACAGCUGCGAGAUCUGCGGCAACGCCUUCGCGAAGAAGAGCCACCUGAUAAGACACAUAAGAGUCCAUACCAAGGAGAAGCCCUAUAGCUGUAGUAUCUGCGGCAAGGCUUUCACGCACAAGACUAGUUUAGUGAGCCACAGGAUAGUCCAUACGAGGGAGAAGCCCCACAGCUGCGAGAUCUGCCACAGGGCCUUCUCGGAGAAAAGCCAUCUUGUGAGGCACGUCAGAGUACAUACCAAGGAGAAGCCACACUGCUGCCAGAUCUGCGACAAGGCUUUUUCGCAGAGAGACAGUCUGGUCAGGCACGUGAGAGUGCAUACAAGGGAGAGGCCUUUCGUCUGCGAGGUCUGCAGCAAGGCCUUCUCGAGGAAACAGAAUCUGGUGCGGCACACGGGAGUACAUAGAGAGGAGAAGCCCUAGUCCUAUGAAUUGCUGUUUGGGAUAGCACACGAGUACGUACAAAAGAGAAGCCGGACAGCUGUGAAAUUUGCAAUACACAUGAGAGUACAUAGAGAGAAGAAGCCCUAAACCUAUGAAUUCCUAUUUGGUAUAACACAUGAGUACAUACGAAAGAGAAGCUGAACAGGUGCGAGAUUUAACAAAACACAGGAGAGUACAUAGAAAAGAGAAGCUGAACAGGUGUGAGAUUUAACAAUACACAGGAGAGUACAUAGAAAAGAGAAGCUGAACAGGUGCGAGAUUUAACAAAACACAGGAGAGUACAUAGAAAAGAGAAGCUGAACAGGUGUGAGAUUUAACAAUACACAGGAGAGUACAUAGAAAGGAGACUCCCUAAACCCAUGAGCUUUUAAAUAAAGCCUCACAGAAUAGCGGUUUGGUAUAGCACAUGAGUAUGUACAAAAGAGAAGCUAGAAAGCUCUGAGAUUUUACAAUGAGAGUACAUACAAAAGAGAAGUGGUAUGAAGCUGUGAGGUUUCUCAAGUGAGUAUGAUAUUGUGAGUCAUGUAUGAGUCGUGCAAGUAGACACCAUGAAGACAUUUGGUCGGGUUGUAUAGUAGGUAUAAAUGUAGAUCACGUACCAUAUGUAUACAAGGUCAAUAUGAAUAUAAAUAAUAAAUAAGUGCAAAUAUAAAUAAU